AUGGAAUCGCGUUCUAUCGCUGCAAUUAAGUAUAUAGAUGCUCCGGAGCUUUUCAAAUGGCUUCAAUUGGGCCAUUCUGCGUCCAACGAGCCUUUCCGGAUCAUUGACGUCCGGGGUAGCGAUCAUGUAGGUGGCCAUAUCAAAGGUUCGUUCAACGUACCGUAUCGCCAGAUCCGUGACGAUGAGGAUAAAUGCCGCGAGCUACGAGACCGUUUGAGAAGCGCAGCAGCAGGCUCGAGCGUUGUAAACUGCGUUUUCCACUGCGCAUUGUCGCAGCAGAGGGGCCCCUCUGCUGCGAUGAAGUUUCUGCGUCAGCUGGGAGACGACGAUCUGUCUAAAUUCAAGAUAUACGUGCUGCGUGGUGGCUUCAACCAUUGGCAGAGCUUAUAUGGCGAAGACCAGAGCGUCACUGAGUCGUACCAGAAAGACCUGUGGAUGUGA